CCCGCCGCGGGACGGACCAUGCUACGCUCCACUGGCUUCUUCCGGACCAUCGACUGCCCCUAUUCGGCUGGGGCGCCCGGGGGUCCCUGUCGGCGACCCUACUGCCACUUUCGGCAUCGCGGCGCUCGAGGUCCCGGCGCGCCCGGCGACGGCGGAGCGGCGCCUCCCACCGCAGGUCUCACCUAUGACCCCUACAACCCUGAGCUUCCCAAGCCAGCGGUGCAGAGAGAGAAUGGCGUCCUGGGAGGCGGAGAUGAGCACCACUCAGACAUGCUGGAGCUGGAGCUGGUCAACCAGGCCAUCGAGGCCGUGCGCACAGAGGUGGAGCUGGAGCAGCGGCGCUACCAGGAGCUGCUGGGCACAGCGCGAGCUGGGGGCAUCGGGGAAGCCUCCGCUCUGGCCCCUCGUGGCCCCUCUGCCCCUGCAGCUGACCUGGGCCAGGAGGACACCUUCCCACUCUCCUACGACUACCACCCUGGCAGCCACGGCCCUCUGAGCCCAGAUGCCAGCUACCAACCCACACCACUGGUUGUGCCCACUGAGCCAGGUGGCAAGUACUCCCUGGAGAGGAGCCCCGCCCGAGGUGGUGCCCUGGAAUAUGUCCCCAAGGCCGUGGGCCAGCCCCGAAGGCAGGGUCGUCACGGCACCAGCGGCAAGUACGUCGUGGACAACUCCAAGCCUUCCACUGACCUAGAGUACGACCCCCUGUCCAACUACUCGGCCAGGCUGCUGAACAGGGCUGGUUCCAGGGAUGAGAGACCACCCAAGCGGGCCCAGGGUGCCCUUGGCCAGGAGCUCUACACACCAGCGCUCAAGAAGCACUGUGAUGCCUUCAGAAGCUAUGACGCCCGCUUCUCGGACUCGGAGGAUGAGGCCAAGGAGGCCCUAGGCAAUGGGACCCUCUCUGCCAGCCCCCCACAGGCCCGGGCGGGUCCUGAGAGCCAGGCCUCAGCCAAGCUGCCCUGUAGCAAGGGCCUGGAGCCCGAGGACGGGGCCUUGCGAGAGACCAAGGAGAUGGCUGUGCAGUACGAUGUGGGAGACCUUGGGCAGCAGCCCCAAGACCCGAGCCGGGGCAGCCCGGCCACUCCUGCCUCCACCGCCCCUCCAGCCACCGUCCUUGCCACACCGGUGCAGGGAGCCUUCAAGGAUGCAACAUCCAAGAGGAAACGAGGGGAGCUGCUGGCCGCCAGCCACAAAGACAGAAGUCGGAAGAAGGACAAGGGCAGGGCCCAAGGGAAGCCAGGUGAGAGGAAGACCUCCCAGGCCGCCAGCCCUCGGAGCCAGGCCGAGGGGCCAGUCGGGACCAAGAAGAAGCCAUCCUCGGCCACCACGCUGGCCAGCUCAGGGAAGAAGAGGCCCGAGCGGCCCCCAGAGCCCCGGCCAGCCUGCGGGAAACGAGGAAAGCCUUCCGCCUCGGGAAAGCUGGCCACACGCAAGGCCCACUCACUGGACGAGGGCAGCUCCCAGGAUGCCCCCAAGCUGAAGCAGCGAGCCCUGAGCCACGCUGAUCUCUUUGGGGAUGAGAGUGCAGACGAGGAGGUGGGCCCGCCUCGGACUUGGCCCCCUGUGCUGCCCAACCUCAGCUCCGACACCGACUCAGACUCAGACUCCAGCCUCAGCCUCCCAGGGGCCGAGCAGGGUCCACCUCGGCAGUCUAAGGCCUCACCGCCCCCGGUGGCCACCCCCAUACCUCCUUCCCCCUCGUCGUCGUCCUCAGGGGAGGACGUGGACUAUGCUGCCCUGGAGAAGGAAGUGGACUUUGACUCGGACCCCAUGGAAGAGUGUCUGCGUAUCUUCAAUGAGUCCAGUAGUGUGAAGACGGAGGACAAGGGCCGACUGGCCCGCCAGCCGCCCAAGGAGAAGGCGGAGGAGCCGGGGCACUCGGGCCUGACCACACUGUUCCCGGGACAGAAGCGGAGGAUCUCCCAUCUCACCAAGCAUGGAAAGGAGGCAGAGCCCUCCAGGAGACCCCCACCGACAGCCCCAGCCCGGCCGCUCACCGCCCAGGAGGUGUGUUACCGGCGUGCCCAGCAGGCCCAGCGUGAGUCGGCCAGCUGGCUGCAGGCGGCUGAGAAGCCAGGCCCUGGGAAGCCAGCCACCGUGCACAUCUCUGUGCCUGGAGAAAAGAAGCGGAUCGCCCAUGUGCCCAAUCCCCGCCUGGCUGCAGCCCCCACAGGUGCCAAGCGGACCCUGGCCGCCAGUGGCAGCCAGCCCCGCCAUGGCCCUGAACCCGGUCGGCAGCCCCUGAAGACUCGCACGCUGGCCGGGAUGGCGUCCAAGACCACCUCCACUGCCACCCCCAAGCGGGUCGCCCACAGUCCAUCGCUGCAGAGUUUAAAGAAACCCAUUAUCCCCAAAGAGUUUGGGGCCAAAGUCCCCACAGCCAUCCGGCAGCGGUACCUCAACUUGUUCAUUGAGGAGUGCCUCAAGUUCUGUCCUUCUAGCCAAGAGGCCAUCGAGAAGGCGUUAACUGAGGAAAAGGUGGCCUACGACCGCAGUCCCAGCAAGAACAUCUACCUGAACGUUGCCGUCAACACCCUCAAAAAGCUCCGGGGCCUGGUGCCCAACGCCUCCCCAGGUCUCAGCAAGACCAGUGGUCGGCGCCUGGUGUCCCACGAGGUGGUGCUGGGGGGCAGGUUGGCCGCCAAGACCAGCUUCUCACUCAGCCAUGCGCGCAGCCCCCGCGUGGAAGACCUGAAAGGGGCCACGCUGUACAGCCGCCUCAAGGAAUACCUGCUCACGGAGGAGCAGCUCAAGGAGAACGGCUACCCCUUCCCCCACCCGCAGCGGCCGGGCGGUGCCGUCCUCUUCACCGGAGAGGAGAAGAAGCCCAAGGACGCCUCCUGCAGGAUCUGCUGCCGCUGCGGUGCCGAGUACCUUGUGUCCCCCUCGGGCCGCUGCGUCCGCUCCGAGGAGUGCAGCUACCACUGGGGGCGGCUCAGGCGGAACCGAGUGGCUGGUGGCUGGGAGACUCGGUACACGUGCUGCUCGGCUGCCGUUGGCUCCAUUGGCUGCCAGGUUGCAAAGCAACACGUGCAGGAUGGGCGGAAGGAAAACCUGGAAGGGUUUGUGAAGACCUUUGAAAAAGAGCUUCCACAGGAAGCUCACCCAGGAGUGUAUGCCCUCGACUGUGAGAUGUUCUCCGGGGUGACUGAGGCUGACCUGGCAGACACAAGCAUCACGCUGAGAGAUGUGCAGGCCGUCCUACUGAGCAUGCUCAGUGCGGACACCAUCCUCAUCGGGCACAGCCUGGAGAGUGACUUGCUGGCCCUCAAGGUUAUCCACAGCACAGUGGUGGACACGGCCGUGCUGUUCCCACACCGCCUCGGCCUCCCCUACAAGCGCUCCCUCCGGAACCUCAUGGCUGACUACCUCAGACAGAUCAUCCAGGACAACGUGGACGGGCACAGCUCCAGCGAGGAUGCCAGCGCUUGCAUGAAUCUGAUGAUCUGGAAGAUCCGUGAAGACGCCAAGACCAAGCGAUGA